ACUGUGAUGUGUUAAACGAAUCAUAAAGGUUGCUAAAUGAAGUGUUUUGACCCAAAAUACUAGAUCUAAGAUUUUUAGAGUUGAAAGUUUCAUUUAAAUGUACAUUUUUCCCACAAACGUUACAGCGAUGUCUUGUUAGUCACUAUUCUGUCUAUGGAGGCAAAGGUCACGUGAUACGUUGAUACAUUUUACUGACACGGCAGAGCAGUCUACCGAGUGAAGAAUUGGGACGUUUGACCUGCCCGAGUGUCAACUGCCUCAUCCGAGGGCAAACCAGCUUACCUUAUGUUUUUGUUUUCCAGAGUGAUAGACAGUAGAGUAAAUUUUAUGCAUACAAAUCUUGGCUUAAAAUGGUUCCACUUGGUACGAAUCAUCCUCAAAGUGGGGUCAAUCCAGCUCUUGGCAGUUCUUUAUCACAGUCAAAUCAGAGCAAAACAUCAAGUUCAGGAUUGAAACCAAACUAUACCCUGAAGUUUACAUUGGCUGGCCACACAAAAGCUGUGUCUUCAGUUAAAUUCAGUCCUAAUGGAGAAUGGCUUGCAAGUUCUUCUGCUGACAAAUUAAUUAAAAUCUGGGGAGCAUAUGAUGGAAAAUUUGAGAAGACCAUAUCAGGCCACAAGCUUGGGAUCUCUGAUGUUGCUUGGUCUAGUGACAGUCGCCUCCUAGUCAGUGCUUCAGAUGACAAAACACUCAAGAUAUGGGAAUUAAGUUCGGGAAAAUGUUUGAAAACAUUGAAAGGGCAUAGCAAUUACGUUUUCUGUUGCAACUUCAAUCCACAGUCAAAUCUCAUAGUGUCUGGAUCGUUUGAUGAAAGUGUUCGUAUAUGGGAUGUUCGGACUGGAAAAUGCUUGAAAACUUUACCUGCUCACUCAGAUCCUGUCAGUGCUGUUCAUUUCAACAGGGAUGGAUCACUUAUAGUGUCGAGCAGCUACGACGGCCUGUGUCGAAUAUGGGACACAGCAUCCGGACAGUGCUUAAAAACGUUAAUAGAUGAUGACAAUCCUCCUGUAUCAUUUGUUAAAUUUUCACCUAAUGGAAAAUACAUCCUUGCGGCUACUUUGGAUAACACAUUAAAACUGUGGGAUUACAGCAAAGGAAAAUGUCUGAAGACAUACACAGGACACCGCAAUGAAAAAUACUGCAUAUUUGCAAACUUCUCUGUUACUGGAGGAAAGUGGAUUGUUUCUGGAUCUGAAGAUAAUCUAGUGUACAUUUGGAACCUGCAAACAAAAGAAAUUGUACAGAAACUGCAAGGACAUACGGACGUAGUCCUCUGCACCACUUGCCAUCCGACAGAGAAUAUAAUUGCAUCCGCAGCAUUGGAACAAGACAAGACUAUAAAAUUAUGGAAGAGUGAUACAUAGCCUCUCUGAUUAAUCUGGUUGUUUUAAACUAGAUGAUUAUUUCUCCAUUAUUAUAAGAUAGUUCUUGUUGUAACUUGUACAAACUUUUUUUAUAUAUACUCUGUAUAGUAAAUUAAAUGUUGAUAUCUAAAAGCUA